AUUGCGCAGUUUCCCGUCUAUGACCUGAAGAGUCCUUACCCACAACCCACCGCGGCAGCAGUUUUCACAAUUCAACAUGGCGUCCCGAGCACCAGUGGCAUCAGGCAGACUCCUGAUGGGUGUGCGAAAAUGGUACUAUAACAUGGCGGGCUUCAACAAAGUUGGUUUAAUGCGGGAUGACACACUGAACGAAGAUGCAGAUGUGAAAGAGGCUCUUCGGAGACUGCCCGAGAAUGUGUACAAUGACAGGAUGUUCAGGCUCAAGAGAGCCUUGGACCUCUCCAUGAAGAUGCAGGUCCUCCCCAAGAGCCAGUGGACAAAAUAUGAAGAGGAUGUGAAUUAUCUCACUCCAUAUUUGGAAGAGGUCAUCCGUGAAAGGAAGGAGAGGGAAGAAUGGAUGAAAAAAUAGAUCACUUUGCAUAUGUUAUUUCUUUUCUUGACUCAAUGAUCCACUGUAGUAUUUGUGUAAUAUCUAUAAAACUGCUCAUUCAAUGUAAAUUUAAAUAAAUACUUUAUUCACACAGAA